AUGUCACAGAGCAACAAGAUCGCGUACGUGCUGAACUCCGACACGCAGGAGGCCGGCGAGUCGGCCUCCGUCGGCUGCUUCGACAAGAAGCAGCUGGCCAAGCUGCUCGUCCACACGCUCAAGGAAUUGGGCUACGACUCCGCCGCGGACCAGCUGCUCCUGGAGAGCGGCGGGUACCAGAACGAGUCGAACCAUAUCCAGACCUUCUUCAGGCUCGUCAAGACCGGCCAGUUCGACCUCAUCGACUGGCGCAGCGUGUGUUCGCUGCCCCUCGCACAUAGCUCGCCGCUCAGGCCUGCACUGCUGCAAACGCUGCYCUCGCCCGCAGCGCCCACCAGCAGCGCCACCGGGUCGCUGUUUGACCACAUGCUUCAGCAGCUGCAGUCCCUGCAGCUGCUGAUGGCGUCUGUGGGCCCGUCCACUUGCUCGGACGCCGAGGUCACCACGCUCAGGAACUACGUCGAGAUCAUGAUCCUCGUCAACAGGCAGAUCUUCCUCGAGUUCUUCCACCCGCCUGCUGCUGCUGCUGCUGCCGCCGCCCCCCACGCGGGCCCGCCCACCACGCUGCCCGUCCUGUACCUGCGCAAGGUCCUCAAGUGCUUCAUCGAGAUCUGGGACGCGCUGUUGGUGUCCAAUGACCAGUUCCUCAACGAGGAGAACAUCUUCAACCCGGAAACAACCUUGAGAGAGCUCUCCACGUACCUCACGAACCCGAAGCUCACGGCGCACUUGAACCUCGAGCGCGACCACCUGAUCGACGCCAUCUCCAAAUACAUCGACCCGAACGAGCUCGUGCCCAAGGGCCGCCUCUUGCACCUCUUGAAGCAGGCCAUCAAGUACCAGCAGUCCCAGGACAUCUUCAACAUCCUCGACCCGGACGACGACGCCCCCUUCUCCUCCGAGUCCCACCGCAUCAAUCUGCUGCAGGACAACAUCUCGCACGACUUGACUGUGACCUUCCAGGACUGGAAGACCAUCCAGGACACCACCGACGAGAUCUGGUUCCUGACUUUCUCGCCCGACGGCAAGUACCUGGCCUCCGCCACCUCCGAGUCCUCCAGGGGCUACUUCAUCACCGUCUAUGACGUGCAACAAGACUUCAAAAUCCACAAGACCUGCGUGAGCCUGUCGCAGUCCGUGCUCUACCUCAUGUUCUCCCCCAGCAGCCGGUAUCUCGUCGCUUGCCCCUUCAGCGAGGACGUGACCAUAUACGACAUGAACGCAAUCUCUCCGCCGGAUGUCUCUGCCACAGACUCGUUCUUACCGUACUCUUCCACCAGGCUGUCACCCAUGGACUCCUUCAAACUGGACACCUCCCCAUACCUCGACGACACGGAAUCCUCAGCGUCGUCCUCAUCCAGGCCUGCAAACGCGACUUCCAGCCAGUCCCGGGUGUGGUGCUGCGAUGCCUUCCACACAGCGCAGCAUGAAGACUGGAUGGUCGUCGGAUCGCCCGACAGAGAAGCCAUGGUGCACUCUCUCACUACAAAGGAGUCGCUCUUCAGCUUGAAAGGCAGGACAUGUAUCGCUCUAGGCCACGACGAAAACGUCUCUGGAAGAAAACUAAUAGACCCGGCAAAGGUCCUCCAUACGGCCAAGACAAGCUGUGGUAGCAGCUGGCAGUACGUCGAGGACGACGAAGCUUUCCCGCGCGUCCACGACGUGAAGAUCAGCUACGACGACAACUACGUGCUUUUAAUGACCCACCAGGGCAUUGUCGAUGUCUACGAUUUUAGCGGGUUCCCCUCCAGAGAAACGCUAUCCAAGCAAACAAUCGACUUGAAAGAUUUCUUGAUUCCAAGAGUCGCGAGACUGGACAUUGGCAAAAACAUGACCUGCAUGUCACUACCACUGAACACCACCACCCACCAUCGCCACAGACAUCAAAUAACCGAAUCUCAACAUUUGGUCUUGGUUAGUUUACAAGAUAACGAACUACAAAUGUGGGACUAUAAAGAGAAUAUCCUCAUACAAAAGUAUUUCGGCCAGAAACAACAGCAUUUCAUAAUCAGAUCUUGUUUCGCCUACAACAACAAGAUUGUCAUGAGCGGGUCCGAAGACGGCAAGAUUUACAUUUGGGAUAGAAUCAGAGGUAAUUUGAUCUCUGUGCUCUCMGGUCAUUCCACACUGAUCAACAACUCCUCAAAACCCGUUGGGAAAAACUGUAACGUGGUCGCAUCAAAUCCUGUCGAUAAAGAAAUGUUUGUGUCUGGCGGCGAUGACGGUAAGAUAAAAAUCUGGAAAAUAUCAAGAAACUAA